AUGAGGAGCAUCUCUCGGUCGGAUAAGAACGGAAGCAGGCGUGCGAAAAGAGCAUCGCUGAAGUAUCGGGAACCCUUGAGUAAGCGUCAGGAAGUGUUGAUGCUUCCUCCUCUCGCGCAGCAGCCGCCAUCGUGGGAAUCAUCGGUCGUAUGUGUCGGAAAUCUUAGCCAGCAGCAGCCAACUCCAAGCAUCUGUUCUAGAUUGAAAAAGGGAACGUGGACAGAUGAAGAAGAUAGAACUCUAGUUGAUUACAUUUGUAAGCAUGGGGAAGUGAACUGGAACACCGUUGAGAAAGAAUCUGGACUCAAUCUCUGCAUGAAAUCAUCGUGUAAGUUAUGCUGGAUAAAUCAUUUAAGACCUGAUUUGAAGAAAGGUCCGAUAACAGCCGCCGAUGAAAUAGAGACGAUUGUUCGUCUUCAUGCCAGUAUUGCAAAUAAAUGGUCACGCAUAGCUGAAGAGAGCUCCCUUCAAUCCAAUCUCAAGAUCCUUUUCAUUUCCCACCAAUUCAGAAUCAAGCAACCCAAAAUUUACAAUCAAAUUGUAUGCCUAAUCAAAUUGUAUGCCUACAUCAAAUCUCCAAGUUCUCAAGAGGAUUGGGAUGCAUUAUUGGGAAACAACUAUUUUGGAGAUACAUCAACAAUGUCGAUUUGGGGUCAGUGA